AAAGAGCCAUGAUGUUGAAAUCUCACACCACCAAUCAUACAUUUCAUUCGCUCUGGAUCCGCAGAACAGCAGAGAGAUUCGAACACCAGAUAGUCACCAAAUGUGCUCACACAAUUCACGACUCCCGCCAACGCGGGUGACAAUCGCACUUAACACCAACCAAACGCAGCGAGCACCGCUCCUCCUCCCUUCAAACGCCUGCCCAGAUCCCAACUCGCCAACUUCGAUCUGCAAACUCGUCUUCAAAGCCGCACAGUCCAAACUGCGCAUCAAAAAACCGUCACGCAUCUUCAUCGCCGGAUCUGGCGCCGAGCUCGUGGGUGAAGAGGACUGGAAACGAGCCAUACGGAACGAUGUGUCGCUGUUGAUUUCUGCGGGCGAGGACUAUGUCGGCGUGAACAGAGAAGCGGGCGUGCACCCGGAAGCAAACCCAACCUGCCCGAUCCACGUACUCGCCUCGACCGCCGCCCUCGACAAGCUCUCCCUCGACCAGCUCCAAACCACCGCACACACCCUCCCCGGCCUCGUCCACGCAGUCGGCCAGCCAGACCUCCACCCCGGCUUCAAGUUCCCCAUCGGCGCCGUCUUUGUCUCUCAGGGCUGGAUCCAUCCGCCGCUGAUUGGCGGCGAUAUCGGGUGUGGGAUGGCGUGGUUUAGGACGCGGCUAUCGAGGGAGCAGGUGGAGGGUGAUAAGGGGAGCAAGGUUGCUGAGAAGCUGCGAGGGCUGGAGGGGGCGUGGCGGACGGCGGAAGAGAGGGAGAGGUGGUUGGAGGAUGGGGAAGGGAAUUGUGGCGCGGGCGAGGAGUGGGAUGGGAGUUUAGGAACGAUUGGGGCGGGAAAUCAUUUUGCGGAGAUUCAGGUUGUUGAAGAGGCGGAGGUUGGGUGUGGGCUUGUGGAGGGGGAGGUGGUUCUGCUGGUGCAUUCGGGGUCGAGAGGGUACGGAUCCAGUGUCUUGAAAAAGUAUACGUCUGAGGGACAGGUCAGCUUGAAAGAGGAUAGUGCAGAGGCGAGGGAGUAUCUCGAGGAACACGACAGGGCCUGUCGAUGGGCGAAAGCAAAUCGCGACCUCAUUGCUCUGCGCUUCCUGAGCUGUCUCGAGCCGGGUCAACCAGCCUGGAGCUUGGGCAAGAAUGACACAGAUGUCGUAAACGUCCACGAUGCUAUUCCUCGUGCGAAGACCGAGCUGUGUGCUCGCCGCGUGGUCGACAUAUGGCACAACAACGUCGAGCGCGUCAGAUGGCCGCCCGCCACAGCCAAAAUCGGAGACACGUACGAACAAGCGGCUGCUUCCGCCUCUUCAGGAACCGACGCCUACAUCCACCGCAAAGGCGCAGCACCCACCCUCUCCCCUGGCACAUCCCUUCCUCUCAUUAUGCUCCCGCUUCCCGGCUCCCGCGAUACCCCAACCCUCAUCCUUGCCCCGCAAUUCCCCUCCUCCACCUCGCACGGUCUCAAGAACGCAUUCUCCCUCGCCCACGGCGCCGGCAGGAGCAUGUCGCGCGCCAAAGCGCUAUCGACGCUCAGCCAUAAGUACAAAGUGUCGAAUCUGCUUAAGCCGAGAGGCGGCAAGGGCACAUGGUUGGUGUGUGAGUCAAAAGAUCUCGUGUUUGAAGAGGCGCCGGAGGCGUAUAAGGAUGUUGAAGCUGUAGGGGCGGAUUUGGUAGAGUUUGGGGCGGCCAGGAGGGUUGGGUGGUGCAGGGCGAGGAUUAAUUAUAAGUGUAGAGAUGAGCGGGGUGGUGGAAGUUGAACAGCUGAGGGCUAGUUGUACUUGCUAGGAAGCAAUGCAACCAGUCCCGCCAUGAGGCUUUGUCGUGGGUUUGGACCCUGUCCAGUUUCUGAACAGGUUACAAUUAUUCGGAACAUUGAGAUGGCGUCGCCAAAAAUCUGGUCCCCUCGUUUGCUGCUCUGAGCACCUGCUGAUGUGGUUUACCAUCGUCGUUAUUCAAGAAGAUAGGGUUUCAGACCGCUGGUCUUGCUGCAGCAUGCACUUGUUGGUAGCACGAUACUAGCGAUUGCUGCGACAUCGAGUUCAGCCGCGGUAUUGGAAUCGUGAGCUUUUCUCCUGCUGUGCGUCGCCGGUCCACGAGCGUACUUAGAAGGUGUC